AUGUCCACUGCCCCCUUCUCCGAAGACGCUUUGAACCGGUACCGUAUAGCUCACCCAGACAGAGACCUCAAACCACUCCUCCGCCGUCUCCACCGCACCCCGGUUCCCUCGACCUCCGGUGAUGACUCUUCCCUCGAAGCCCACCUUCUCCAUCUCGAGCUCCUCAAAUGGAAAUCCACCAUAGAGCGUAUUACUGGAUCAGUCGCAAACCUUGACAGGCAGAAAGAGGAGUACACCAGGCAGGCUGAGGGGCUCAGGAAAAAGACGGAAGGUAUGAAAGAGGUCCUCGAGAGAGAGAAGAAGGAAUUGGAGAGAGCUAGGAUGAACAGGGAUCACAGGGCGAGAUGCGAUGAGCUAGCGUCUAGGAUAAAGUCCAGAGGGAGAGGAAGAGACGAGCUGGAUGCCGAAAUAUCGACCGUCCAGACCUCUCUAGAAGAGCAACGGGCCUCUCACGGCAUCUAUGCCCAGGCGGCCCAGGCGCGAGCAGAUACAUUCACACAGAUAUUAAACCUUGUCGAAAAGUGUCGAGGGAUCAAGCUCCCUGUUGACCCCACGCUGGCCGCAGUGGCAGUCGAAAAGGAAGACCCUCCCACAAUCAUUACCUCAGCCCCAAUCAACGUCACAUCGUCAGCCCCUUCCUCUAGCGGGCCUCCUUCCAGCGGCGCAGCUCCAAAGCUGAGCGCAAAUGCGCCGAUCUUCCAUCCACCUGCCAAACUCUCUGUUCCCUCGCACGAAUUGCCAAACCGUCCCUCGGCGUCUCCUAUAUCGUCCGCUAGCAACGGCCGAAAUAGCGCGAGACCACCCUCCUAUUCUUUGCCACAUAGGCCAUCGGGUAUGCGGACGUCUUCGACGCCAGCUGGUGCCGGGAACGGGAAACGAGGAGGGGGGCUGGAGGACGGGGAGGUUGGGGAGGAGGGCGAGCUAAGUGAAAGGAGCAAUUCUGGGGGCGGAGGCAAACGGGCACGAGAAGGAGACGGGGGCGGUAAACGAAGCAGCAGGCGGAGGAGAGAUUAA